AUGUCUGUAGACCCAGACCAUGAGUUCACAUGGUCUCCCAGACUGAGGCUGAAGAGAAGAGCAGCCCGCAUGGCGAGAGUGCUUCAGUGCAGUCAGUCGUACGGCUUCAUUACGUAAUCUUAACUCCAACACUCACGCCAUGCUUUGCUUUCUGCAGGGGAGUAACAAGAGUGACACUAUAUUUCUCUCUCUGUUGGUUACAUAAAAACCAUCUCUGGGAAACUUGACCUUCAGAAAAUACAGAGUUGGAAAUGACAAUGAAAAAAGUUCUAAAGGCUGGGUAAUGAUUUUUCAUCACUUGAUGUUAACAAUGACCACAAGGAAAGGGAAUGAGAAGAGAAGACAAUAAAGGAGAGGAGAGUAGAGACUGCUUCAGGAGUGAAAGAUAUAUCUCUAAUUAUAUUGGCUUGUUACAUGCCUCAGUUUAGCUUAGUUGGUCAGAUAGCUGUUAGCCUGCACACCACUGCAAGUGAUGUUAGAAAAUAGAAGUGACGGGAUUAAAUGUUGUUGCUCAUUGUAACGAGUUACAUCAUGUACAUACACAGAUCUGAAAUGUGGGUAAAGUUGGCUUCAUGAGGGUGGGUUCAAAGAAAGUGCAACUGAAUCAGGGGCAAUAGAAUCCAAGAAGAAUCACAGUCAUGGCCUAAUUCCAUGACUGCAAACUUGUAACCCAUAGAUCAGAUAGAAUACCAAUGUUAUGAACCGACAUAACUCAUUUAAUGUUUGGCAGGACACAGCAGACUUCUCACCAGCGCUGUAUUUUUGCUGUGUCAUUUAGGUUUUUCUGCCUCUGGAGCUCUGAGAGUUUGCUUGGGCUGGUGUCAGAGGCUCUCCCUCACAUGGCUCAGUGUCUUAGUGUUUACCCACAGAUGCCCAGUGGUGCAGACAGACAGACAGGCCCAGGGGGUGAGUGAGGCGUCUCCCCUCUCCUCCCCGGCCGACCCGAACCCCUAGGACAGGGCUGUCAGACUGAAGGAGACAGGAAGUUGCUGUGACAGGCCUGCCUCCUGCUGUCACUAGACAGAGGGCUCCGCAGGACCCACAGGGAAGUUGGGGCUGACACAGCAGACUGUACCGCGGGGAGCCGGUUGCCCUUUUCAGAUGGCCUUGAAUCAUUCUGCAUACUAAGGAAAACCAGGAACACCAUUGGUAUUAUCAUUAUACCGUACCAUUUGCUUACUGAGAAGCAUUGGCAACACAAACAGAAGCAACACUGCUUCAUGUGAUUCCUUGUCAUGACUCAGCAAGGAUAAAAAAAAAACAUUUUAUGAAGACAAUGUGAAAAUACGAUCAGACACCCAUUUGGUCGGAGGCCUAGUUCCUCUUUCCCCUGUUAUUCUUUCUAUCCUGAUCCCUCUCUGUCCUCAGCUGCUCUGAGCCUAAGUACUGUGCUGCUAAUAGCACCACUGCCUGGGUGUGAUCAGUGCUCACAGCACAAGACAGAUCAUCUUUACAUUAUUCCCAGUUUAGACCAUGCGUAAAAACCUCAUCCAAUUAGCCCAAUCCCUGCCUGUAGCUUCUCAUUAUGCCUAAAUCCCCAGACAAUAUAUGGAUGUGGUGAGAGAGAGAGGGCAACACUUUUACAGAACUGUGUUGAAAUCCCCAAUGUAUAUCGAUCUUCUGUCUGCUUAAAUGUGUGUACACGUCACUUUAAGAUGGCAUAGUCCUUAUUCCAUCGCUAAUCCAUUAGUGACUGUGUUUACAGAUUUGAGUUAUAUGUUGACAGUGGAAGAAGAUGUCUUGUCAGUCUCUAUAUACAUGAUAUGUUCAGGGAGCCCACAAUAAAAGGUGGUGUAACCUGAUUUACUCUGAGCCAUGAACACACUGGCACUCCUCAGGUUAUUCUGGGUUCCUGCAUUUCUCUUUCCUCUCUCUUGUGUAUCACACUUGUGUGCUGUCCCCUCCCCUGGCUCUAGCAGUACUCUGCUUUAUUACAAUGGUGCUGAUGAGGGGGAAAAUGUGAUUGCAUUGUAUCCCAAACAAGAUUAACUUAGUAAGGGAAUUGACAGUUGGCAUUUGCAAAGCAAUUGGUGGGUGUGGAGUGAUUUAAUAUAGUACACUGCAGUACUGUGUGAAUAUUGUAUGUUUUGAUUUCUCAAGCCAUCCACACUGGUCAGGUAAUUUAUGGGCUUGCAACAGUAAAAGCAUUAGCUUUAUGUGGAAUGAAUCAGAACAUGGAGCCAGGGCCCGCUCCAGCAUUUUGGGGGCCCUAUGCAAGAUUUGGUUGGGGGGCCCCACACCUUGCGGCAAAACAUUUUAGUGGCCCCCCUAUUGACGGUGGAGAUGUGGCCAACGAUGUCUCUCUACCAGACGAACUCAGUGCAUUUUAUACACGCUUCAACAAUAACAGCACCGUGCCAUGCAUGAGAGCCCCCACCAACCCAGAGGACUGGGUGAUCUCGCUCUCAGAGGCCGACGUGAGUAAGGUCUUUAAUUAGGUGAACACUCGCAAGGCCGCGGGGCUGGACGGUAUACCAGGACGCGUACCUCAGAGAAUGCGCAGAACAGCUGGCAGGCAUAUUCACAGUCAUUUUUUUUACCUCGCCUUGUCCCAGUCUGUAAUCCCCACAUUUCUCAAGCUGACCACCAUCAUUCCUGUUCCCGAGAACUCUAAGGCUUCAUGCCACAAUAACUAGUGCCCUGUAGCACUCACAUCUGUAAUCAUGAAGUGCUUUGAAAGGCUGGCUAUGGUACACAUCAACUCCAUCAUCCCAGACACCAUUGUCCCCUCCAAGCACGUCACCAAGCUUAGGACCCUGGGAUUGAACACCUCCCUCUGCAACUGGAUCCUGAACUUCCUGACGGGUCGACCCCAGGUGGUGAGGGUUGGCAACAUUACCUCUGCAACGCUGAUACUCAACACGGGGGCUCCACAGGGGUCUGUGCUUAGUCCCUCCUGUACUCCUGGUUCACCCACGACUACGUGGCCACAAAACAGCUCCAACACCAUCAUCAAGUUUGCUGACUACACGACGAUGGUAGGCCUGAUCACCGGCGACAAUGAGACCGCCUACAGGGAGGAGGUAAGUGACCUGGCAGAGUCGUGCCAGGACAACAACCUCUCCCUCAACGUCAGUAAGACCAAGGAGCUGAUCAUGGAGUACAUGAAACGGGGUGGUGAGCACGCCCCCAUCCACAUCGAUGGGGCUGCAGUGGAGCGGGCUGAGAGCUACAAGUUCCUCAGUGUCCAAAUCACUAAGGACUUAAAACGGUCCACACACUCCCGCACAGUCGUGAAUUAUAAUAAUAUGCCAUUUAGCAGACGCUUUUAUCCAAAGCGACUUACAGUCAUGUGCGCAUACAUUUUUACGUAUGGGUAGUCCCGGGGAUCGAACCCACUACCCUGGCGUUACAAGCGCCAUGCUCUACCAAUUGAGCUACAGAGGACCACAAGAAGGCGUGACACCACCUCUUCCCCCUCAGGAGGUUGAAAAGGUUUGUCAUGGGCCUUCAAAUCCUCAAAAAGUUAAACAGCUGCACCAAUGAGAGCAUCUUGAAUGGCUGCAUCACUGUUUGGUAUGGCAACAGCACUGCCCUCGAUCACAUGGCGCUACAGAGGGUGGUACUAACAGCCCAGUACAUCACUUGGGCCGAGCUCCCUGCUAUCCAGGACCUCUAUAUCAGGCAGUGUGAAAGGAAGGCCUGGGAAAAUUGGUAAAGACUCCAGCAACCCAAGCCAUAGUGUUCACUCUGCUUCCGCAUGGCAAGCUCUACCGGUGCAUCAAGUCUGACACCAACAGGCUCCUGAACAGUUUCUAUCCCCAAGCCAUAAGACUGCUUAAUAGCUAACAAAAUGGCUACACGGACUAUCUGAGUUGACCGUUGUAUUUUAUUUUUGCACUCUCUGCACACUCAAGCACACUGACACUCCAACACACACACACUCACUUUAUUUGCUCACACACACAUAACAUGCACACACAUUUAUAAUGACUCACGCACACACUCACAUACAAGCAUCAUAUACACUGCUGCUACUCUGUUUAUCAUAUAUCAUGAUGCCUAGUCACCUUACCCCUAUUCAAAUCUUCCUCUAUCACUCCAGUAUCCCUGCACAUUGUAAAUAUGGUAUUGGAACGGACCCUGAACUCUUUGACCUGAAUGCCAAGCAUCACGUCUGGAGGAAACCUUGCACCAUCCCUACGGUGAAGCAUGGUGGUGGCAGCAUCAUGCUGUGGGGAUGUUUUUCAGUGGCAGGGACUGGGAGUGCCUUCGGAAAGUAUUCAGACCCCCUUGACGUUUUUCCACAUUUUGUUAGGUUAAUCUAAAAUUGAUUUAAAUAGUUUUUUCCCCUCAUCAAUCUAAACACAAGACCCCAUAAUGACAAAGCAAAAACAGGUUUUUUAUAAAUGUUUUCUAAUUUAUAAAAAAGAAAAAAGUAUUACAUUUACAUAAGUAUUCAGACCAUUUACUCAGUACUUUGUUGAAGCACCUUUGGCAGCGAUUACAGCCUUGUCUUCUUGGGUUUGACGCUACAAGCUUGGCACACCUGUAUUUGGGGAGUUUCUCCCAUUCUUCUCUGCAGAUCCUCUCAAGCUCUGUCAGGUUGGAUGGGGAGUGUUGCUGCACAGCUAUUUUCAGGUCUCUCCAGAGAUGUUUGAUCGGGUUCAAGUCCGGGCUCUGGCUGGGCCACUCAAGGACAUUCAGAGACUUGUCCUGAAGCCACCCCUGCAUUGUCUUGGCUGUGUGCUUAGGGUCAUUGUCCUGUUGGAAGGUGAACCUUCGCCCCAGUCUGAGGUCCUGAGCACUCUGGAGCAGAUUUUCAUCAAUGAUCUCUCUGUACUUAGCUCCACUCAUCUUUCCCUCAAUCCUGACUAGUCUCCCAGUCCCUGCCGCUGACAAAUAUCCCCACAGCAUGAUGCUACCACUACCAUGCUUCACAGCAUGAUGGUGCCAGAUUUCCCCCAGACGUGACGUUUGGCAUUCAGGCCAAAGAGUUCAAUCUUGGUUUCAUCAGACCAGAGAAUCUUGUUUCUCAUGGUCUGAGAGUCCUUUAGGUGGCUUUUGGCAAACUCCAAGCGGGCUGUCAUGUGCCUUUUACUGCGGAGUGGCGUCCGUCUGGCCACUCUACCAUAAAGGCCUGAUUGGUGGAGUGCUGCAGAGAUGGUUGUCCUUCUGGAAGGUUCUCCCAUCUCCACAGAGCAACUCUGGAGCUCUGUCAGAGUGACCAUCGGGUUCUUGGUUACCUCCCUGACCAAGGCCCUUCUCCCCUGAUUGCUCAGUUUGGCCGGACGGCCAGAUCUAGGAAGAGUCUUGGUGGUUCCAAACUUCUUCCAUUUAAGAAUGAUGGAGCCCACUGUGUUCUUGGGGACCUUCAAUGCUGCAGGAUUUUUUUUGGUACCCUUCCCCAGAUCUGUGCCUCGACACAAUCCUGUCUCGGAGCUCUACAGACAAUUCCUUCAACCUCAUGGCUUGGUUUUUGCUCUGACAUGCACUGUCAACUGUGGGACCUUAUAUAGACAGGUGUGUGCCUUUUCAAAUCAUGUCCAAUCAAUUGAAUUUACCACAGGUGGACUCCCAUCAAGUUGUAGAAACAUCUCAAGGAUGAUCAAUGGAAACAGGAUGCAUUUGAGCUAAAUUUCGAGUCUCAUAGCAAAGGAUCUGAAUACUUCUGUAAAUAAGGUAUUUCUGUUUUUUAUUUUUAACACAUUGGCAAAAAUGUCUAAAAACCAGUUUUUCGCUUUGUCAUUAUGGGGUAUAAUGUGUAGAUUGAUGAGGACUUUUUUAUUUAUUUAAUCAUUUUAGAAUAAGCCUGUAACGUAACAAAAUGUGGAAAAGGGGAAGGGGUCUGAAUACAUUCCGAAUGCACUGUAGCUUACUUACUUCUCGUGUUCUUAUUUUUAUUUCUCUUGUAUUUUUGUCCUACCUUAUGUUAUUUUUAGUACUACAUUGAUUAUUGCAUUCUUGGGUUUAGAGCUGACAAGAAAGGCGUUUCACUGUACUUGUGCACGUGACAUUAAAAAACUUGAAACAUGAAAGAAAAUGUUUUGUUUAAAUGUUCAUUUCUGCCAAUUCUACGCAUUUUGCCAUGGGGCGUAGAGAAAACGUUGCCAUUUAAAGAUCAUUUCCUGCAAUUCUACACACUUUGUAAUGACUUAUGCCAUACUAAUAUGAUAUCUGAGUGAUAAUGACUAACAAAAUCAAUGGGGGGCCCCUGGAGUUCAGGGCCCCUGGGCACUUGCCUAGUCGGGAUUCGGCCAUGAUUAAGUUCAGAUGGCUGGCUAGACUAACUACCAAUCAAAAAAUUGUUAGCUGACAUGGCUAAUUGAUUGACUGUCAGUGACUGACAUAACAUGAGAAAAAGCACAACUGCUGAUGCAAAACCACAUUUCUAAAUUGCACCAGGUGUAUUCUACUAUUCUUACUCUCAAUAGUAAAUUGAUACCCCAACUGAGUUCCUAAAACUUCAUGAAUAAAACAAAGAAGAGAAUGUAUGAUAUGGUUUACAGGAUCAGUCAUGCAAUCAUAUUUCACCGUAAAGCAUGAGUAAGAAAUGUUGCACAUGCAUGCUCUAUCUACAUUAUGCUAAAAGUGUCUGCUACUUAGUGGUACCAAGGAAACCAAGUCUGCAAGAGGAUAUGAAAAGCCUAAAAUUCACAGCCCCAAAACCUGAGAUUACAGUAAAGGCCAAAUAUUUCCUGUCAUUUCUUGUUCCCAUGGUUCAGUGUUACCCCCUUCUUGCCAUCACAUUGUUUGUUGCAGCUUUGGGGAGUGUUGAUCCUGCAGACCUGUUUCUGACAGAUAUGUUCUGUUGUUCUUUGUGCCAGCGGAGACCGAGCAUGCUCAGAGGGUCCCAGGAAUGGAUGCAGCCCAGCAGUUGAAACUGAGAGAGCGACAGCGCUUCUUUGAGGAGGUGUUUCAGCACGAUGUGGACGUCUACCUGUCCUCUGCCCACUUGCAGAUUCAUGACUAUAAGAGACGUGAGUGCAGUCGGCAUCACACACAUGUCCAUACCCAAGCUCAACCCUUACCUUAGCCAAUACCCUAACCCUAGAUUCAUGUCCACACCCUGGCUAAACCCUAACACUAACACGAGAUUCCUGUCCAAACCAUGGCUCAACCCAACCCUAUCCAUAACCCUAUAUUCAAGUCCGCACACUUCAAGUACUCGCUCUCUCUCACUCGCUAUAUUACACUGAACAAAAAUAAAACAUUCCAGAAAUGUUCCAUACGCACAAAAAGCUCAUUUAUCUCAAAUUUUGUGCACAAAUUAUUAACAUCCCUGUUAGUGAGCAUUUCUCCUUAGCCAAGAUAAUCCUUCCACCUGACAGGUGUGGCAUAAAUAGAAGCUGAUUAAACAGCAUGAUAAUUAUACGGGUGCACCUUGUGCUGGGGACAAUAAAAGGCCACUCUAAAAUGUGCAUCUUUGUUACACAACACAAUGCCACAGAUGUCUCAAGUUUUGAGGGAGUGAGCAAAUGGCAUACUGACUGCAGGAAUAUCCACCAGAGCUGUUGCCAUAGAAUUUAAUGUUAAUUUCUCUAUCAUAAGCCGCCUCCAACGUUGUUUUAGAGAAUUUGGAAGUAUGUCCAACUGGCUUCACAACCGCAUGUAACCACGCCUGCUCAGGACAUCUGGCUUCUUCACCUACGGGAUUGUCUAAGGGGAGGGGGGUGGUAUUUCUGUCUGUAACAAAGCCAUUUUGUGGGGGAAAAACUAAUUUUGAUUGGCUGGGCCUGGCUCCCCAGUAGGUGGGCCUAUGCCCUUCAACGCCCACCCAUGGCUGCACCCCUGCCCAGCCAUGUGAAAUCCAUAUUUUUGUUUAGUAUACACACGUGUGAAAGUUUCUAAAUGUUGCUAAACAUUUCCUUUGAGAAGUGAAGCUGCCAUUAUAUGCCUCUAAUCAACCACACGGUUGUCUCUUGGGUUGUUGUUAGCUCCCAUUGGCAGCGUCUCGUCCAUGGAAGUUAAUGUGGACAUGCUGGAGCAGAUGGACCUCAUGGACAUCUCUGACCAGGAAGCCCUGGAUGUCUUCCUCAGCUCUGGGGGGGAUGAGGGGGUGCUGGCCUCCCCUCUGCCAGGUAAAGGUGAGUGGAGGAGAGAGGCCAGUCUGAGGCCAUCCCAUGUUGAUAGUGUAGUAUUUGGCAGAGAGUCAAGGCUUUUACCCUAUACUAGCUGGCAACACUAACUGCAAUACUGAGUGCAGCACUGAGAAUAUUUUGUCUAAUAUCCCUUUCAUUUCCCCCACAGUAGUUCAUGGCAACAACAACAACAAUGAGGUCAUCAACCAGGGACGCUCUCGCCACUACAAUGACGGUUGUGAUGGGAAGUUCUGCAUGUCCUCCACCCCCUCCACUCACAGCCAGAACACCAAUGAGGACAGAUGGGACACCCCAGUCAUCCAAUCAGAUGAUGAGAAUGUGCGUGUCGACACACACUUGCUGAUGGGAUCACCCCCAGGGAAAGAUGAGGAGAAGGAUCGGUCUAUCCUCUCUUCCUAG